AACUAGAGAAAACCAACAGAGUUUGGUGAUAACUGAUAACUAGAGAAAACCAACAGAGUCACAGAAAUGGCAGCAUUGGCGUUGGAGGAAUGGGGAGACCUAGAGGGAAAAGUGGUGAUGGUGACUGGAGCUUCCUCAGGCCUCGGUCUUGGCUUCUGUCUUGACCUUGCUAAAGCUGGCUGCAAGAUCAUUGCCGCUGCUCGACGUGUCGAUCGACUCCAAUCACUCUGUCAUCAAAUCAAUCACCUCUCUUCUUCUUCUUCUUCAAGCUCCCCAAGAGCUGUGGCUGUGGAGCUCGACCUCACUGCCGAUGGACCCACCAUCGAGAAGUCUGUACAGAAGGCUUGGGAUGUGUUUGGCCAUAUCCACGCCCUGGUCAAUAAUGCCGGAUUUCGAGGUACUAUAAGAUCUCCAUUAGAAUUGUCUGAGGAGGAGUGGAAUAAGGUUCUCAAAACAAAUUUAACAGGAACCUGGUUGGUGUCAAAAUACAUCGGCAUACGCAUGCGCGAUGCAGAGCAAGGAGGAUCAAUCAUAAACAUAUCUUCUAUUGCUGCUCUCGACCGUGGGCAAUCGCCUGGAGGUGUGGCCUAUGGUUCUUCAAAGGCAGGCCUAAACACCUUGACAAAGAUCAUGGCCCUGGAAUUGGGUGUAUACAAAAUUAGAGUGAAUUCUAUAUCACCUGGCAUUUUCAAAUCUGAAAUUACUCAAGGUCUUAUGCAAAGAGAUUGGCUGCCUAAAGUGGUAAGGAAAACCGUCCCUUUAAGAGAAAUGGGCACCGCAGAUCCAGCAUUGACAUCACUUAUUCGAUACUUAAUACAUGACUCUUCUGAAUAUGCUUCGGGCAACCUGUUCAUUGUUGAUGCUGGUGCCACCUUACCAGGUGUCCCUAUUUACUCUUCCCUUUGAAAGCCAUGUAAUGUAAUGAGAUAGAAUUGUCCUUUUUUUUUUUUUUUUUUUUGGGUUUUUUAUCCUGUGCAGAAUUUUCUAUCUAUGGCAGUUAUUUAUGAUCACCAUAAGGGGCGGUUGGAUUGCCGUGGUAUGAUA